AUGUCCACCGAUGAGUACAGCCAGGACCUGCCCGAGGAGGACGUGUACGGCAUGCAGGGCCCCUCGUCCAUGGCCUACCACAAUGGAAGUUCGAUGAUGAUGCCAGGCAACAACAUGGACAUGUCGAUAAUGUCGACUUCACAACAGCAAAUGGGACAACUGCAGCAAGAUCAACGCCAGAAGCGUAAAUAUACCCGCCGAAAGCAGCCUGAAGAGCGCAAGAAACGGGGGCCGCGCACCAAAGACCUGAAUGCCCCUCGAAUGCCGCUGAAUGGCUACGUGAGGUUCCUCAAUGCGAACCGAGAGCGCAUCAAGCAGGACUACCCUGAGCUUUCUUUUGCCGAGGUGACGAAGCGACUUGCCUCUGAAUGGAGCAGUAUGAGCUCAGAGGAGAAGAAAGUGUACCUGGACGAGGCAGAGAAGGCAAAGGAAAUCUACACAAAGGAGCUGUACGAGUACCAUCAGACCGACUCGUACCAGGAAUUUCUCAGUAUGAAGCAGCGCGCCAAGCAGCAACAAUCAAACACUAUGCCUGUCUCCAAUUCAGUGGCUCAGUCGUCGUCUUCGUCGUCGUCGGCGCAAAUGCCACCAACCGGCUCAAUGUACAACUCGGCGGCACAGUCGGCGUACUAUGGCGAGCCACAGGGUUCAAUAGCUGAUAUGAAUAGACAGCGUGUGCUGAAUAAUGGAGGCACUGUUCCGGGAACUAGCACAAUGACAUCGAUUCUAGAUAAUUGCGGACCUGGAGUAAUGGAUUUGCCAAUUUUUACGGAAGAGUUUCUCGAUCAUAAUAAGUUGCGCGAUGUGGACCUUAGAAAUUCUCGUGCUCGACUGCUGGAGCUGGAAGAGGAGAAUGCUAUUCUUUCAAAGCACGUUGAAGAUGUUACCAAUGCCGCAGAGAAGUUGGUUCAAAAUGAAGCCAAAGAACGGGAGAUAGGCUCACAGCUCGACUCGGUUUGGGAGAAGUUGCAGAGUAACCUAGUCGAACACUUUCAGGACAUCACUAUGCCAUUUUCCGAUGAUUCACAGAACUUUAACACUCACUGCUUUCCACCUAGUAUUGACAACUUUGAUCAAUACGUGGACGAGUUUGACAAGUUUCGUGUGGAAGCUCUGGGGAGCGGUCCCGAGCAUGGCGUCACCGAGCCCAGAUAUGAACAACAUGUGCAAUCAAUUGAGACCGCUGUGAAGGCCCUCGACGCAGUCACUUUUUGA